GAAUUUUGAAAGUAACAUUUUACAAAAUUAAAACUUAAAAUCAUAAUUUUGGUAAAAUAUAUUUUCUAUAUAAAUCAUCAAAUAUGGAAAACAUUCAAAAAGAAGUCAUCAACCAUAUCAAUGGUCUUUCAUCGUCAAAAGGAGCUCACAAGAUUCCAAUAAUCAUUAUUGAAGAAGUUGACGUUGAUGUUGAUGACGAUUUACAGAAAUCAUUGAGUGAUAAAUGUCAUCUUGAAGUUCCACCUGAGAAUACUGAAAAGUUUUGCAGUCUGCAUACAGAAAUAGAAAUAAAAGACCAAGAUGGAAAUUUGAUGAAACCAAAAUAUAGAAAUUCAUCAACCUAAAUUCGAACAUUUUCAAUUAAGAUGCUACAUUAUAUCACUGUGAGGCAAAAUAAAAAUAAAG